AGAACCUAAACACACAACAACUUGGAGAAGAAGCGAUACUAUAUAACAAUCCAUUUCAAUCCCACGGGAGACGACGAUCAUCUUCCUUCCCCAGAACCCUAACACACACUCACACAUUCUCUCUCUAAAUCUUUAUUUUCUCUCUCUCUCUCUCUCUCUAUAUAUAUAUAUAUAUAUAUAUCUGAUAUGGCUAUGGAUAUCGAUUUCCCUCAGUACCAAUUACGCUGUCAGCUCAUCGGUCACGAAGACGAUGUUCGUGGUGUCUGUAUAUGUGACAAUGAUGGAAUAGCAACUUCAUCCAGAGACCGAACAAUUAGGUUCUGGUCAUUAGAUCAGACUAACAACUCUGCUUACAGUUCAUCAAAGAUACUGCUUGGGCAUACUAGUUUUGUUGGACCUGUGGCAUGGGUAUCUCCUAAUGAACAGUUUCCAAAAGGUGCCCUAUUAUCUGGUGGGAUGGACACACUUGUAAUCGUAUGGGAUCUAGCAACCGGAGAGAAAGUUCAGACAUUGAAGGGUCAUAAAAUGCAAGUCACGGGGGUCACUUUUGAUGGAUCAGACAUUGUAUCAUCAUCUGUUGACUGUACACUUAGACGCUGGAAAGGUGAACAUCAAAUUGAGGUUUGGGAAGCCCACAAGGCACCAAUCCAAGUAGUAAGGGCCCUACCAUCCGGAGAACUUAUUACAGGUUCAAGUGACACAACCAUUAAGCUAUGGAAAGGAAACAAAUGCACACAUACUUUUACUGGUCAUACAGAUACAGUGAGAGGUUUGGCCAUAAUGCCUGAGUUGGGCCUACUUUCUGCAUCACAUGAUGGUUCUGUCAGACUAUGGGCACUUACAGGUGAGGUUUUACUGGAGAUGGUUGGUCACACAGCCAUCGUCUAUUCUGUUGAUGCACACAAAUCUGGGCUUGUUGUCAGCGGUAGUGAGGAUGGGUCAGCAAGGAUAUGGAAAGAUGGAGUUUGUGUUCAAAGUAUAGAGCAUCCUGGUUGUGUUUGGGAUGUCAAGUUCUUGGAAAAUGGAGACAUAGUGACUGCAUGUUCUGAUGGAGUAGCUCGUGUUUGGACUAUACAUCAGGAUAGGAUAGCUGAGGCUGUAGAACUUGAAGCCUAUGGUUCUCUACUUUCUCAAUACAAGGGCAGCAGGAAAAAAGUGGGAGGCUUGAGUUUGGAGGAAUUACCUGGUCUACAGGCUUUGCAGGUUCCAGGAACCAAGGAUGGGCAGACUAUGGUCGUACGAGAAGGAGACAAUGGCGUUGCAUACGCAUGGAACAUGAGAGAACAAAAGUGGGAUAAGAUUGGGGAAGUAAUUGAUGGUCCUGAUGAUGGCAUGAAGCGCCCUGUUCAUGAUGGAGUACAAUAUGAUUUUGUGUUUGAUGUGGACAUUGGGGAUGGAGAACCUAUUCGCAAAUUGCCAUAUAAUAGAUCAGAUAAUGCAUAUGACGCUGCUGAUAAGUGGCUUCUUAAGGAGAAUCUGCCUCUUUCAUACCGUCAGCAAGUCGUAGAGUUUAUACUGCAAAAUUCAGGACAAAAGGAGUUCAUUUUUGAUUCAUCAUUUAGUGAUCCUUACACUGGCUCCAAUGCUUAUGUACCAGGACAGACUUCCAAGUCUGCAACAUCAAGUAAACCAACAUUCAAACAUAUACCCAAGAAAGGAAUGCUUGUAUUUGAUGCCGCCCCAUAUGAUGGAAUCCUCAAAAAGAUUUCAGAGUUCAAUAAUGCUUUACAGUCUGAUCCAGACCAGCAGAGCUUAUCACUCAGUGAGGCCGAGACAUCAAGAUUGGGUGCUAUAGCUAAAAUAUUGAAGGAUACGUCACAUUACCAUACUAGUAAAUUCUCAGAUGCUGAUAUCAGCGUAUUAUUAAAAUUGCUAAAAGCUUGGCCAGCUUCUAUGAUGUUUCCAGCAAUUGAUUUGUUACGACUGGUUGUUCUGCAUCCUGAUGGUUCAGCGGUUCUUAAGCAUGCUAAUGACAGAGACGAUACAUUCAGAGAGUUGAUUCUGAAUGUUACAAGCAAUUCUCUUGCAUCAAAUCUUCUAACCACUAUCCGUUUGGUGGUUAAUCUUUUUAAAAACUCUGACUACCAUCCCUGGUUGCAAAACUGUCGUGUUGAGAUUUUUGAUGCAUUUGCAAGUUGUUGUACAUCUUCAAAUAAGAAUGUCCAAGUAUCGUAUUCUACAUUGGUACUCAAUUAUGCUGUGCUAUUGAUUGAAAAAAAGGAUGAAGAAGGUCAAGCCCACGUUCUUUCAGCAGCUUUGGAGAUCGCGGAAGGGGAAACUCUGGAAGCAGAUGCAAAAUAUCGAGCUUUAGUUGCCAUUGGCUCACUGAUGAUCGAAGGUCUCGUGAAGAAAAUAGCUCUGGAUUUUGACGUUGGUAGUAUUGCUAAAAUGGCAAAAGCAUCAAAAGAUAUUAAAGUAGCUGAAGUAGGAAUUGACAUCGAAACUCUUGUAAAUCAAUGAUUCUUUCCAUGUCACGAGAUAGGAUGCUACCGAUGUGUGCCAAGAACAUUACAAGUCGGCCGAAGAAACUGUAAGGCUGUUGAAACCUUAAUUGGGGCACCAAGGCUCUGUGAGAUCAAUAGUUGAUGUACUAAAAUAUGCUUUUCUCGUAGUUAGGUCAUUGCCAUUCAUGAGGUACUAACCAUAUUUUGUCUGGGCUAAGAAUGUGUACUUAAUCUUAUUUAUUACAAUGACAAUUCUUAAGCUUGUU